CUUCCGCCAACACACGCUCCGGUUUCGUCAUGGCGGCGGGACCGAUUUCAGAGCGAAAUCAAGAUGCCACGGUGUACGUGGGGGGUCUGGAUGAAAAGGUCUCGGAACCUUUAUUAUGGGAGCUGUUCCUGCAGGCUGGACCGGUGGUGAACACGCACAUGCCCAAGGACAGGGUGACGGGGCAACACCAAGGUUACGGGUUUGUGGAGUUCCUCAGUGAAGAAGACGCCGAUUACGCCAUAAAGAUCAUGAACAUGAUAAAGCUGUACGGUAAACCCAUCCGCGUCAACAAGGCCUCGGCGCACAACAAGAACCUGGACGUGGGCGCCAACAUCUUCAUCGGGAACCUGGACCCGGAGAUCGACGAGAAGCUCCUGUACGACACCUUCAGCGCCUUCGGGGUCAUCCUGCAGACCCCCAAGAUCAUGAGGGACCUCGACACGGGCAACUCCAAGGGUUUCGCCUUCAUCAACUUCGCCAGCUUCGACGCCUCGGACGCCACCAUCGAGGCCAUGAACGGGCAGUACCUGUGCAACCGGCCCAUCACCGUCUCCUACGCCUUCAAGAAGGACUCCAAGGGCGAGAGGCACGGCUCGGCCGCCGAGAGGCUCCUGGCCGCUCAGAACCCGCUCUCGCAGGCCGACCGGCCCCAUCAGCUGUUCGCCGACGCCCCGCCUCCUCCUAGCGCGCCCACCCCCAUCCUGACUGCGCUGGGGCACGGCAUGGGCAUUCCAGGCAUGCCCCCUCCCGGGGCCUUCCCUCCGGUGCCCCCGCCAGGCUCCAUGCCUCCUGGAAUGCCCCCCGGAAUGCCCAUGCCCCCAGUCACGGGUGCUUCUCAGGGUGGGGGCGGAGUCCCACCUCCUGGACCCCCACCCUUCCCUCCAGCUGGCAUGCACCCACCAGGAAUGCCGCCCAUGCCCAUGCCCCACGCUGGAAUGGUGCCUCCUCCUCCAGGGGCUGGCCAGGCACCGCCGCCCCCUGGAAUGCCCCCUCCACCGCAGAUGGGCAUGCCCCCUCGGGCACCGUUCGGCCCCCCGAUGGGUCACCCGAUGCCGCCGGGUAUGAGAGGCCCCCCUCCACCCAUGCCCCCUCCGGGUUACGGCGCCGCGCCUCCCCGUCCUCCUCCGUUCGGCUUCCAGAGACCUCCCAUGCCUCCGCGCCCCCCCGCGCCACCCGUCCGCGCCCCGAUGCCCUCGUGAACGCCCGGAUCGACGUUUUUAUUUCAGAUUUGUGUUUGUUGUUUUCAUUCCGAGCAGCUCGUUGUUGUUGGACAGUCAGAACUGGAGUACAAGCCUCUCCUCUCCUCUCCUCAGUGGGUUUGAUUAGUGAUGAAUAAACGUUUUAUAGAAAA